AGACUGAAAGUAUACUUUCUUAUUUUUUAGUUUAAAAGUAAUAGCACACUUGAAUGAACUUCUUUUUCGUAAGGUAUGUAAAUUUUUCCUGCUGUUCUAAAAAUCUUUCUUUUUGCCAUUACCUUAAACAAGCUUGAAUCUGAGUGCAGGAGCUCUAAGUUGAUUGCUGCUGUGACACUCGAGAACAGCACUAAACACGCACUUUGGUCGGUACAACUUUAAAUAUAUUUAUUAUUCUAAACUUUUCAUCAACUUAAGUAGGCUGUAGGCUACAACAAAGUUGCUAUUUCUGCAGAAAGCUGAAAGCUGAUCUCCAGUGAUGUGUCUAAUUGUUUAAUCGAUCAUUUGACUGCUGGUAAAGGGAGAGAGACCUGGGGAGCCAGGUGUGUCUUGCUGCUCUAAGUUUAUAUUUCGGAAGAAAGAUAGGCCUACGCGUCAUCAUGUGUUUGGCUGCAUAUGGAAGAUUUUAAGAAUCAGAGCAUUCUUUCUUUCCCAAUUAAAUUCAUAAUGGCCCAGCAGGCCCACAACCUUGACUAACUUAAUUUAGACAAAAGAAAAGUUUGUUUUCAUAAUUUCCUUAAGUAAAAUGCACAUGAGAAAAAAUUAUAUUUUAAAAUGAUUUCUAAUUGUUUAGUAUGUUUUGGUAUGUACAGACUGCUGGACCCAGAACACAUUAGCUAUAUAAUUAGACUUAAUUUGAAUCGUGAAUGUCUAUCCACUAAUGUGUUUAUGACACUUAAUAAGGAUUACAAGCCAAUCGCUGGCUCAGCUGUGAGGCAUGUACAUGUAUGCAGUAUAGCCUUGUUACAUUCUCUCUACAUGUUUGUCAUGCUAUCUACAUGUAAACCUUUCACAUUUAACACUUUCUUUGGAUGGAGCCACAUGGUAUUCCUCAGCUGAUUUCCCAAAGCACAGCACACCCACAUAAUGGCCUGCUACAUUUUAAGCCAUUAGCGCAUAUAGAGGCAGUCAUUUGCUGUUAGUCUCUCUCCUUUCCUCUCCUGUCCUCCAUGACUCCGCAAGUUCCAGUGCCCAGACCAUCAUAUUCUCAGGCCAGGGAGAGCCUGGUGAAGGCUGUUCCUCCUAAAAUCAUCUGUCUUCUGGCCUGUGGGGGGAGAGACUGCCGCUAUGAAGGUCCAGCAUGCUGGAGCAAGAGCCAGCAGGCCAUUAAAGGAGUCUUUAGCAGCUGGGUGACCGAUGACAUUAUUGCAAUGGCACGACCUUCUACAAAUCUCAUCAAGAGAUACAGCAUCAUAGAGCAGUUCAAACAGUUGAACAUUAAAUCCAUCAUUAAUAUGCAGCUCCCAGGGGAACAUGCUCACUGCGGCCCUCCUCUGGAGCCUGACAGCGGGUUCACAUAUUCACCUCAGAUCUUUAUGGACAGCCAAAUUUUCUUCUAUAAUUUUGGGAUGUCUGAUUUUGGAGUGUCAUCUCUGGAGGGGAUGGUGGAUGCUGUGAAGGUUUUGGCCUUCUCUGUGCAGGAAGGGAAGGUGGCUGUUCACUGCCAUGCUGGAUUAGGCAGGACAGGUGUUCUUAUCGCAUGCUAUCUAGUCUACACCUGUCGGAUCAGCGCUAGUGAAGCUGUCCACUACGUUCGGAUCAAAAGGCCUCGUUCAAUCCAGACUCGAUCACAGAUCAAUCUGGUGUUUGAUUUCGCCCGGCUGGUGGGCUCUCAGCUGGCCCAAUUCCCAUGUCUGAACAUGCGCCACGGUUCCACCUUCAGUCUUCGGCAGUACCUCCUGCGUCAGGCCCUUCUGCUGCACGGGGAAGAGGCCCGAACACUUAAACACACACCCAAGAUCCUGCACGUACUCUGCAGCAUGCUUAUCACUAUAACCCAGGGAGCUGCUAGUCCUCUAGAGGUCCAGAGAGAACUGGAGAAGAGGGUGAACAUUUUGGCUCUAAAGAAAGCAGUGAAGGAGACACUUUUGAAGAGGAACCUUCCUGCUUUGAAGGAAAGGCGAGGCUCGAGCAGAACGUUCUCCUGCGAGUCGUGGGACGAGCCAUUCGGAUUCUUGGAGAGGAAAAGAGACGUCCUACUAAACAAGCGAAGCUACAGCGAAUCAGAUCUCAGCAAGAUUACCAUCAUUGAGGAUUUCAUGUUCUCACACUACUCUCCUCAAUCUGGUGGAUACCAUAAAAUGAACAAUGAAGAAAUCAGUCCAUCAAAAGAUGAGAGAAAUCUAACAGAAUCCCAAACAAUUCCUCAUACCUUGAUGACAGACCAGUGCAAUGGAACAACAGCAAAACACAGCCCCAUUCCGCCAUCAGAACCUCAGUCAUAUGAGACUGCGAACAAGAAGACAAAAUGUACAACCAAGAAACCUCAAGCUUACCUAAAGUACAGCUCAAACAUCGAGUUACGACGAGAGGAUCAUACAUCAGAUCAGUCGUCAUUACCGAGAGCCGUCGCUAAGGCAAUGGCACAACAACGCCCACCAUUAGACACUGUAUUGAAAAGAGCAGCGGUUUUGCAGGAUAAGCUCAACUUGAGUGAAUAUGGCUGGGUUACAUUAGUCAUGGAAACAGAUCCAGAUGUUCUGAGCACACUGUUAUGGACCUGGCUGGACAAACUAAAGGACCCUGUUCUCAAUAAAGAUGACAUAGAGAGGCUGACCUCAACCUGGCCUGCACAAAACCCCCUUAUCACACUUCACAAGUCUCAGCGGCACACCAUCUGCUGUUUGCUAGACUGUGUGGGUCAUGUGGUGGUUCGAUGUCCUCAGUUUGAACAUGCUAUACUACAGAGACUCAUUCGAGCUUUAACAAGACGCCCUCCAGAGGAAAUAGAGAGAAACAGCAUCUUGUUGCGCGUCCUCAGAUCUACAAUGAGAGAGAUGUACCUGCACAACAACCACCAUCCAAAUACUGCAACACCAUCAAAGUGCUAGGAACAGUGGUUAAACUAAUAAAAUAUUCAUAUAAAGAAA